AUGCACUUUUCGAGUCUCUCCCCUUCGAACAUCUCGCACCUCGACAUUCCCGUCACCACAAAUCCACAAUUCACAUUCACAAUGUCUCAACCGUCUGACCCAGUUUCGCCAUUCACAUCUCACCUAUCUGUCCCUGUUUCGUUCCCUUCGAGGACACCCCUGGUCCACCAUCUCCGAAAGUUGAAAGCUGACCUGGAAAAGGUGGCGGCAUCCCCGGGAAAUGUUUACGAGAGGAAGGUGGCCCUCCUCGUUAGAUGGGACAACGACACCACCGGCGAAACCAAAGAUAUCGGAACCAUGACCGAUACGAUGAAAACCUUUGGGAUCCAGUGCACCAAUUUCCUGCUGCAAGCCAAGGACGAGGGUCAAGGCUCGACUCUUCGACAUAAGAUCAGCACCAUGAUUGCUGAAUGUCGUGCUUCCAAGGUACACUCGUUAUUCGUCUUCUACUAUGUUGGCCACGGAGCCAUCGCAGGCGAUGGGAGCCUCUAUUUUGUCCAGGGCGACAACGGGAUCUCAUGGACCAAAAUCCGGGGGGAACUAGUCUACGAUGUCUACGAAGAAAAGGACAGAGCAAGUAUGCGACGCGUCGAUGUCCUCUGCGUCCUCGACUGCUGUUACUCUGGCGCCGCGACGAGAGCGGGGGCAACUGCGGGAAAUGUGGCCCAAGUUCUGGCGGCCUGCGGUCCCCGUGAGACAACACAAGCUCGGGACCCGUCGACAUCAUUUACGAUGCGGCUGUUCAGUGCGGCGCAUCAUUUUAGACAAGCAGGGCAAGCGACCGUCUCGACAGCCGCUUUAUUCCAGCGGAUGCAGGAAGAAAGGACUCCAACUACUCCCCAUGCUGUUCUCGAAACUCUCUUGCGGCAUGUCAAUGAGAAACGUGUGCUCGUGAAACUGACCCUUCACGGGCGCAGUCCUAUGCCGGGCCACAGCGAUGUGUUCGAAAACUUUAAGCAAGCGAUCCAAAAUCUACCACCCAAUAUGAAGGUGGAGAUCUCGGACGCUUACGAGACCGACCAGUCGAUCUUCAUCAUUCUAGGGAUGUCGUGGGAAGCCUGGGCCCUUUGGACCAUGGUCGCCCAUCUGGACUUCGUCGGAGUCACUUUUGGCCUUUCCUUGAUGCGCAGGAGGCCAGUCGAAUCCUCAGGUCCAAUCUCGGAUGAGAACCAUCGCCCUUCGGCCCCUUCUGAGCCUUCCCAUGGGAAAGGCAAGGCCGAAUAA